UUUCUAUUUCUAUUCUCAGUUAUCUGCUUCUUUUUCCUCUCUCCCCCUCUCUUAAAUGCCAGAAAACAUGAGUAUAUCUGUAAAUGGGCAAUCACAGGUGCCUCCUGGCUUCCGGUUUCAUCCCACAGAAGAGGAGCUCUUGCAUUACUACUUGAAGAAGAAGGUCUCAUAUGAGAAGAUCGACUUAGAUGUAAUUCGUGAAGUUGAUCUUAAUAAGCUCGAGCCGUGGGAUAUUAAAGAGACGUGCAAAAUAGGAAGCACUCCUCAAAAUGAUUGGUACUUCUUCAGCCACAAGGACAAGAAAUAUCCCACCGGGACGCGCACAAAUCGUGCAACUGCUGCUGGGUUUUGGAAGGCUACCGGUCGUGAUAAGGUGAUAAACAGCAGUGGUAGGCGGAUUGGGAUGAGGAAGACUCUUGUGUUCUACAAAGGCAGAGCCCCACAUGGCCAAAAAUCUGAUUGGAUUAUGCAUGAAUAUAGAAUCGAAGACAACAUUAAUGUUGCUGAUGCCAAUGUCUCCAACGCUUUGGGAGAGGCAGCCCAGGAAGAGGGGUGGGUUGUUUGCCGUAUCUUCAAGAAGAAAAACUAUCAUAAAACCCUAGACAGUCCUUUAAAUUCAUCUUCCAUCAAUUUGGAGGCAAGAACCACACAGAUGUUCGAGUCUUUCAAUGAAGGAGCUCUAGAUCAAAUACUUCAAUACAUGGGGAAGACGUGCGAGGAAGAAAACGAAGCAAACAAUACUAUUGCAAGAUUUCUCAGGCCAAUCGAUGCAACAAUCAACAAUGGUUACCAUGACAGGUACAUGAAACUUCCAAGGCUAGAGAGCCCAAACUCAAGCAGUAGCCAAAAUUGUUACCCAUCCAUGAUGAAUGAAGGUUCAAUAUCCAACCAGGUGAGUUCCAUGGAUCCCAAUUCAUUAUACCCCUCGGACUCUGGCCUUACCAACUGGGCAGCCCUUGAUCGUCUGGUAGCUUCCCAACUGAAUGGGCAACCUGAAACUUCGAGACAGUUUGGGUGCACCAAUGAUCCAAACAUGGCCUAUUGCAAUCCAAUUGAGCAACCCCACCAUGAUCUCCAAUUCCUAACCCUAGGACCCUCAUUCUCAUUGCCAUCUAGUAUGACAUACCAAGGAAUUCAUGAAGAUUAUAACAGUGAGAUUGAACUGUGGAAUUUCAGCACUCGGUCACCGUCGUCAACGUUGGACCCCAUAUGCCGCGUUUCCAAGCCUAGUGUAUAACAGAUAUGAAUAACCUUGCAUAAAUAAUGAUAUUAUGGUCGAUAAAGUCAGUAAGGAGUAUUAUGACGAGUUUAUGUGAUAUAUAGAAUAAAUAAAGUUAAGAUCGAGUUUCUUAGAUGGGGUGGCAUUGUCAACCAUUAUUUUAUCUUAAUCGAGAUGUCUACCAUUUUUCAAUUUGUUAUCUAGAAACCUAGCUAGAUAGCAAUAAACUGGAUGGGUGGUUUCUAUGAUAA